AUGGUGGCACUGUGUCAGGGCCACGUGUCCCUGAAUGGGGAAGUCACGGUCAAUGGGAUCUCUUCCCUGAAGAACCGGCUAAAGAAGGUGUCCACAACUACUGGAGACGGUGUGGCCAGGGCCUUUCUCAAGGCCCAGGCUGCUUUCUUCGGCAGCUACCGAAAUGCUCUGAAAAUUGAGCCGGAGGAGCCAAUCACCUUCUGUGAAGAAGCCUUCGUGUCCCACUAUCGCUCGGGAGCCAUGAGGCAGUUCCUGCAGAAUGCCACCCAGCUGCAGCUCUUCAAACAGUUUAUAGAUGGUAGACUGGACCUUCUCAAUUCUGGCGAAGGUUUCAGUGACGUUUUUGAAGAGGAGAUCAGCAUGGGCGAGUAUGCUGGCAGCGAUAAACUCUACCAUCAGUGGCUCUCCACAGUCCGGAAAGGAAGCGGAGCAAUUCUGAACACUGUAAAAACGAAAGCGAACCCGGCUAUGAAGACUGUCUAUAAAUUUGCAAAAGAUCACGCAAAAAUGGGAAUAAAAGAGGUGAAAAACCGCUUGAAGCAAAAGGACAUCACCGAGAAUGGCUGUGCCCCCACCAUGGAAGAGCAGCUGCCAAAGACUGUGCCGUCCCCACUGGUAGAGGCCAAGGACCCGAAGCUCCGAGAAGACCGGAGGCCAAUCACAGUCCACUUCGGACAGCCACAAAGACUCCGUCCUCCCACGCGCCCGCCGCCCCCCAAGAUACAGCGCUCGAGGCCCGUGAGUAGCCGCUGGUUCCGCCCUCCCGCCUAA